AUGGCUCAAAUCGCUCGAUCCUUCUCCCUCACGAGAACAUACUCGACUCUUUCUGCCGGCGUCAGCCCCUUUCUACUCCAAGAUACCCGCCUCGAUCCCAAGUCGCCCAAUUUUCACCCCGAGUUCUGGGUCAAGGCCAUGCUUCAUGCCUUUUCCCAAGACCCCGAAAAGUUCCCACGUCAUACCGCCGGCGUAUCUUGGCGAAACCUCAACGUUCACGGGUUUGGUGAUCCAACCGACUACCAGAAGGAUGUCUUGAACGUUCUCUGGCGUAGUCCUCUUAGUGCACUCAACUGGCUCGCGAAUCGGAAGCGAAAGAUUCAGAUCAUCAAUGAGUUUGAUGGUCUUGUCGAAAGUGGGGAGCUAUUGCUUGUGCUCGGACGUCCUGGAAGUGGUGUCUCGACCCUGCUCAAGACCAUUGCUGGCCAUACCCAUGGCCUCAACAUGGAAGACACCUCUGAGUUCAACUAUCAAGGUGUCCCAUGGGACCUGAUGCACAGCAACUUCCGUGGAGAGGUGGUAUACCAAGCAGAGACCGACAUUCACUUCCCUCAUCUUACCGUCGGAGAAACCCUCCUCUUUGCAGCCCUUGCACGUACGCCACAGAACCGUGUAUCCAACACGUCUCGAAGAGUCUACGCCGAACACCUUCGCGAUGCUGUCAUGGCCAUAUUUGGAAUCAGCCACACCAUCGAUACAAAGGUUGGCGACGACUUUGUCAGAGGUGUCAGCGGAGGUGAGAGGAAGCGAGUCAGCAUCGCCGAGGCUACUCUCAACCAGAGCGCCAUCCAAUGUUGGGACAACAGCACGCGAGGUCUGGACAGUGAAACCGCCCUGGGUUUUGUCAAGACACUUCGUCUGGGUACAAAACUGGGAGGCACCAGCGCUAUUGUUGCCCUCUACCAGGCCAGUCAGGCAGCCUACGAUGAAUUUGACAAAGUCUUGUUGCUGUACGAAGGUCAUCAGAUCUACUUUGGUCCCCGAGAAGAAGCCAAGAAGUAUUUUGUUGACAUGGGCUACGAGUGUCCUCCUCGUCAGACCACGGCCGACUUCCUCACCUCCCUGACAAACCCUGACGAGCGCAUUGUACGGCCUGGCUUUGAAGGAAAGGUGCCCCGUACCUCGGAGGAGUUUGCCGACGUUUGGAGGAUGAGCGCGCACAAAGCCAACCUUAUCCAUGACAUUGCGGCGUUUCAGACCCGAUAUCCCGUGGGUGGCGAAGAGGUUGAGAAGCUCACAAACAUCAAGAAGGCCCAAAAGGCACCAUUCAUGUAUGGAACUCCCUCCUCCCCUCCAUUCACCAUCUCCGUACCCAUGCAGAUCCGCCUGUGCAUGACCAGGGGAGUCCAGAGGCUCCUCGGCGACAAGACCUUCUUUGUAGUCACCGUGGGAGGAAACUUGUUCAUGUCAUUGGUCCUCGGUAGCGUGUACUUUGAUCUCGCUGAAGCUGCCGAAACCAUGAACAGCAGAUGCUCCGUCCUCUUCUUUGCCAUCCUGUUCAACGGUUUGAGCAGUUCCCUGGAGAUCCUGUCAUUGUACGCCCAACGACCAAUCGUAGAGAAGCACUCGAGAUAUGCAAUGUAUCGCCCCCUCUCAGAAGCUAUCUCAUCCAUCAUCUGCGAUCUGCCAUCCAAGAUUCUCUCGGCCCUUGCCUUUAACCUCCCGCUCUACUUCAUGGUCAACCUGCGUCGCGAGGCCUCUUACUUCUUCAUCUUUCUCCUCAUCGGUUUCACAACUACAUUGACCAUGUCGAUGAUCCUGCGAACGAUUGGACAAGCAUCGAAGACGGUCCAUUCAGCCUUGGUCCCUGCUGCCAUCUUCAUCAUCGGCCUUGUCAUUUACGCUGGUUUUGUUCUGCCUACUCAGUACAUGAGAGGAUGGCUCAGAUGGCUCAACUACAUCAACCCAAUCGCCUACGGCUACGAAGCUCUGGUCGCCAACGAAUUCUCGGGCAGAACAUUCCCUUGUCAGACCCUGAUCCCUGCUGGCCCUCCCUACGAAAAUGCUGGACCCGGAGAGCAAACCUGCUCGGUUGCUGGUGCCGCCCCCGGAGAGAACUUUGUGUCUGGUGAUUUUUAUAUCGGUGCCGUCUACGAGUACUACCACUCUCACUUGUGGAGAAACUUUGGCAUCCUGAUUGCAUUUAUCUGCUUCUUCUCCUUCACAUACCUCAUUGCUGCCGAGUUCUUCUCCAUGAGCCCAUCCAAGGGUGAAGUCUUGAUCUUUCGCAAGGCUCACCCUCUGAGCAAGUCCAAGGUGGAUGAAGAGACAGGCAACGAACCUGUUGCUUCUUUUCGCGAAAAGAGUCCGGACACAGACACUCUGAAAUCCCCUGCGCACUCUCAGACUGCUACAUUUGCCUGGAAGGACCUCUGUUACGACAUUGUCAUCAAGGGACAGACUCGCCGUAUUCUUAACUCGGUUGACGGGUGGGUUCAGCCAGGAAAGAUUACUGCACUGAUGGGAGCUUCUGGCGCCGGAAAGACUACUCUGCUUGAUGUGCUCGCCGAUCGAGUCACGAUGGGCGUUGUCACUGGUGACGUGUCGGUCAACGGAUACCCACGUGGAAAGGCAUUCCAGCGAACAACGGGAUACGUUCAACAGCAGGAUAUUCAUCUUGAAACGUCAACUGUGAGGGAAGCUCUCCGGUUCAGUGCAGUUCUCAGACAACCAGAAUCGACCACUACCGAAGAGAAGUACAAGUAUGUGGAAGAGGUGAUUAGCUUACUGGAGAUGGAGCUCUAUGCGGAUGCAGUCAUUGGAGUCCAGGGAGAAGGUCUCAACGUGGAACAACGGAAGCGCCUCUCGAUUGGUGUUGAACUCGCAGCCAAGCCCGAAGUCCUCUUGUUCCUCGACGAGCCUACCUCCGGUCUUGACAGUCAAACCGCCUGGGCUGUUGCCACUCUUGUCCGAAAGCUCGCAGAUCACGGCCAAGCUAUCCUGUGCACUAUCCACCAGCCUUCCGCGGUUCUCUUUCAACAGUUCGAUCGUCUUCUGCUCCUCAAGAAAGGCGGCCAGACAGUGUACUUUGGUGACAUUGGCGAGAACUCGAGCACCAUGACGUCGUACUUUGAGAGAAACGGAGCUACCCCAUGUACGGAGGAUGAAAAUCCAGCCGAAUGGAUGCUCCGUGCGAUCGGCGCUGCUCCUGGCGCUCAUACGGACGUGGACUGGGCCGAGGCAUGGAAGAACAGCGCCGAGUUUGGCGUGCUUCAGGACGAACUGAAGGUCAUGAUGAAGCCGACAGCCGCUCAGACGGAAGCUCAUACAGUCCAAACGAGCUACGCUGCGUCAUUCUCGCAACAAUUUCUGUCCUGUACUAUGAGGACUGCUGAGCAGUACUGGAGAACGCCCACUUACAUCUACUCCAAGAUGAUUCUUUGCUUCGGAACGAGUCUCUUUAUCGGCCUUUCCUUCCAAAACUCGCCUCUGUCACUCCAGGGUCUUCAAAAUCAGAUGUUCUCGACCUUCAUGCUCGUUGUCACUUUCGCCUUCCUCGUCUAUCAGACAAUGCCCGGGUUCAUCUCUCAGCGAACCCUCUACGAGGGUAGAGAGAGGUCUUCAAAGACCUACGCUUGGUACAACUUUGUUCUAGCGAAUGUCGUUAUCGAAAUGGUAUGGAACUCGGUUGCAGCUCUCGCUGUAUACCUCCCUUUUUACUUCCUCGUCGGAAUGUACAAGAAUGGAGAUAUCACCGACACGCAGAACGAGCGGGGUGCUUUAAUGUUCUUGUUGGUUUGGGCUUUCAUGGUUUAUGAAGGAACCUUUGCGCACAUGGCUGUUGCGGGAUCUCCGACUGCCGAGGUCGGAGCUACCUUUGCACUGCUCCUGUUCAUGAUGACUCUUGUUUUUGCUGGUGUGCUUGUCCCAUACUCGGCCCUUCCUGGGUUCUGGACGUUCAUGUACCGCGCCUCGCCCAUGACAUAUCUCAUCGGAGCCAUGCUCUCCACCGGCGUAGGCCUACAGAAUGUCAAAUGCUCAAACGUAGAGCUCUUGAUGUUCAACCCCCCGGCCAACAUGACAUGCGAGACAUACGCUGGACCCUUUGUGCAGAUGGCUGGAGGUACUCUACAGAAUCCUCAGGCAAACGACACCUGCUUGUUCUGCCCUAUCGCGUCAACCGACACCUACCUCGCCACGGUGGAUAUUCAUUACAGUGAACGCUGGAGGAACUUUGGAUUGAUCUGGGUCUACGUGAUUUUCAAUGUCUUUGCGGCGUUGAUUGCUUACUGGCUGUUGAGGGUGCCAAAGAAGCGUUUUGGGCGCUCGUAA